CAAAAAAAAGUGAAAAGUUGGAAAAUAAAAGAAACUUAGGUAAAAUAAAAUAAAAUAAAAAUAGCAAUAAUUGAAUUCACUUCGCAGAUCUCUCCCGUCCAUCAUCCUCGACAGCUUGGCCUAACUCACCUUACGCCGUAUCCCCUCUCUCCGAAAACAUACCUACCGGCCGGACGGCGAAUCGACAACGCACGAGAAUCACACACACAUCCGUCCCAUGUCCAAGCGCCUGGCAGAAUCCGACCACGGGGGUCGCCCCCUCAAAGGAGGCGGCCGCCCUGAGCCGAUGGACGUGGACAACAAGGAGAUGGGCGAGUUCGAGGACGAGUUUGAAGACGAGUUCGAGAGCGAGGACGAGAUAUUCGAGGCCGGCGUCGACGGCAGACCUGACGCCGAGCGCGAGGCCGAAGAGCGCGCCGCGGCCGCGGCCGCAGCAGCAUCCGGCGCUAUGGACGUCGACAACGGCACCUUCAUCGUCGGCCGCAACAAGCUCGAGGACGGCCAGCACCUCACCCCCGACCUGGGCACCUACGAGAUGUUCCACAGCCUCAGCACGCCCUGGCCCUGCCUGUCCUUCGACAUUGUCCGCGACCGGCUCGGCGACGGCCGCGAGAAGGCGUACCCGGCCGUCAUGUACACCGUCGCCGGCACCCAGGCCGAGAGCGGCCGCGCGAAGGAGAACCAGCUGAUGGUGAUGAAGUUCAGCGGCCUGAGCCGCACGCAGCGGGGCGACGGCGACGACUCCGAGUCCGACGACGACGAGGACGCCGACGAGGACGCCGACCCCAUCCUCGAGUCCAAGUCCAUCCCGCUGGCCUCGACGACGAACCGCAUCCGCUGCCACCAGAUCCCCUCGGACGACCCGUCGCGGCCGCCCACCACGCUGACCGCGACCAUGACCGAGUCCGCCCACGUGUUCAUCCACGACGUGACGCCGCACCUGGCCUCGUUCGACAGCCCGGGCGCGGUAGUGGCGCCGCCGCAGAACAAGUCGCUCUCGACGGUGCGCGCGCACAAGUCGGAGGGCUACGCGCUCGACUGGUCGCCGCUCGCGGCCGGCGGCAAGCUCCUCACCGGCGACAACGACGGGCUCAUCUACGUGACGACGCGCACCGACGGCGGCGGCUGGGUCACGGACACGCGCGCCUUCCAGGGCCACACCGGCAGCGUCGAGGAGAUCCAGUGGAGCCCCCAGGAGGCGUCCGUGUUCGCGUCGGCGUCGAGCGACGGCACCGUGCGCGUCUGGGACGUGCGCAGCAAGAGCCGCCGGCCGGCCCUCACCGUGCGCGCGAGCGCCACCGACGUCAACGUCAUGUCGUGGUCGCGGCUGACGACGCACCUGCUGGCCACGGGCGCCGAGGACGGCGUGUGGGCGGUGUGGGACCUGCGGCAGUGGAAGGCGGCGGGGGCGCAGGCGAGCAGCAGCAGCAGCAGCCCGGUCGCGAGCUUCGCCUACCACCGCGACCAGAUCACGAGCGUCGAGUGGCACCCGACGGACGACAGCAUGGUGGCGGUGGCGGCGGCCGACCACAAGGUGACGCUGUGGGAUCUGUCGGUCGAGAUCGACGACGAGGAGAGCAAGGACACGGCCGGCGUCAAGGACAUGCCGCCGCAGCUGCUGUUCGAGCACAUCUCGGAGCACGCCAAGGAGGUCCACUGGCACCCCCAGAUCCCCGGCACCCUCGUCGCGACCGGCCAGGAGUUCAGCAUCUUCCGCCCGAUACCCGUCGUCUACGGAAUCCACGGGAAGUGAAGAAGUGGGCGCUUGCGUGUGUAGGUACAUGGAAAACGGAAUUAUGAGCAACACGAGGACGCGCGAGGCGAGCACUCCUGUUUUUUCUCUUGUCUCUCUCCCCCUCUAUUUGCAGAGGAGGGGAGUUACUUGGACUAGACUUUCACGUUGAACCAGAGAAAAACAGAAGGAAAUGAAAAGGGGCCACUUCUCCCUCCCCCCGUUGCGGGCCAUAGCAUCCGCCUGCUUCUAGGAUGUAAGCACCUUUGCACAGCAUAGUACGGCCUCCAUAUUUCCACCCGUCUAAGUAGAUAGGUAGUUCUUUGCGCCUCAGCUCUGGCCGCCAUAGACGCGGCAUUCCUACCUAGGUAAUUUAUACAGCUCGCGGCGGCGAAGCUAGGCUACAAGGACGUCGUCCACGCCCCUCCGCGUCCCGCACUCCCUCGCGCGUAGUAGCAGAGGUCCCCAACCUACCCGUUCGCACCCCCCCAGAUGCGGCCCGAGCCGACGUCGAGGCUCUGUACGCCGUGUGCGCGCGUCCGUAUUGCUUCCUAUGCGUGACACGGCCCGGCUAGAUACGCUCCGCCACGCUCCCGGCCAUCGCAGCCGGAAACGCUAUCCUGAUCCGCCGCCGCAAACUUCCCCACCCCACAGCCGCCACCCAGAACAGGCUCUCUGGCG